CCCUCUCUCUUUCUCUCUCUCUCCCUCCCCUCCCUUUAAGGAAGAAGAGAGGAAAGAACAGAAAAGGAAAGAAAAAGAAAAGGCCGUUCCUUUCUAUUUCUCUUUUCUCACCCUUCGCAACCUAAGAAUCCUUUCUAACUCCUUAGCAUUUCGUGGGCUUUGUCUUUGUGGUCUAUUAUCCUUCUUUCCUUCUUUUGAUCCAAACCCAUGUCUCCUUUAUCACUUGGGCUUCCUCUCCUUGAUUGCCUGUCUUCCUAUCUUUUGUGACGUGUGAUAGCUUGAGCCUCUUUUUCCAGUCUUCUUCAUGUGACUGUAUGUUACUCCUUUCUUUUUUUGGGUGAAAGAGUAAAAGAAAGGCAUCUUCUUCAUGGUUCUUUUUGGUUCUAUCUAUUUAAUUGAGAGAUAUUAGUUGUUUACUUGGGUUUUCUCUCUUCGGUGGGUUUUCUUCAUAUCUCGUGAAGUUUGAUACGUUUAGCUUCUUCUUCUUUAAUAAUCUUGUAUUUUCUCUUUCUUCUUUUUCGGGGCUGAGCAGCAAAAGAAGGGCAUUUUCCCCUAGUGUUCUUAUUGGUUUUAUCUAUUUCAUUGACGGUUGUUAGUUCUUAGAGUUUUAGUUACUUUUUUUUUGUGUGUGUGUGACUGGAAAUGGCGAUUUCAGAGAAGGUGCAAAUGGAAGGAGUAGAAUUAGAAGGAAAGAAAUGGGUUAUAGACGGAGUUUCGUUUCGAACUCCUUUGAAACCCAUUAAUACGAAUCCCUUAGAGAAAAUUAUUGAGCAGGGCGAAGAGGAUUGUUCGACGAAAGCUGCAGAGAAUGAAGAAGAGGGGUGUUCGACACCGACAGCCAAGGAAGCAAGGAUACCUGAGAAACUGCUGUGUCCGCCUGCCCCGAGGAAGCGGAAGUCAUCUUCGAGGUGCAAUUUCACUGGAGUUAGGGAGUUCUUCACCCCCCCAGACUUGGAUUCUGUGUUCAUAAGGAGGGUGGAAAGAGCUAAGUAAGUUUAGAGGACUCUCUCUCUUCUAGUGGGGGGAAGCGUACGUUUAUGUAAAGAAAGUAUAGUAUAUGAAACGGCUUUGUAGCUUCAGUUCAUGAAUUAAGAUGGUAUCUUUGACUAGGAAUAAGUUUAAUUGAGCCGAUCUCUCCUUCAUUA